GAGAGAGAGAGAGAGAGAGAGAGAGAGAGAGAGAGAGAGAGAGAGAGAGAGAGAGAGAGAGAGAGAGAGAGGCGGAAAGCGACCCCAAAGGGGUUCCCCAGCUUGAUCGGCAAGGUUCAGCAUUGCGAUCGACGUCGCUAAUUCGCGCGAUGGGGCGCCGUGACGACGCUCACGAGCUAGAUGGACUCUGAUAAGCCGAAAUUGCCGCUACUGCUCGCCGCCAAUUCGACGGGAAACUUUCGUCCAACUCAAUUACAGUGCAGCCGUGUCAUAUUCCACGCCUGCGAGGGCUAGGCGGAAAGUUGACACCGACCUACUCUUCGCAGCAAGUCGCCAGGCUCGUAUUCCAUGAAAGGGCUAAUCGUGGUACUACGGACGCUUCUUCGCGAUUAAUUUAUGAUAAGUGUAGUGAGCCGCCUGGUGUGGAUUACGACGCGCGCUGACGCGCGAGGAGAACGGACGGGACGGGGGGAGGGGGGGAUGAAAAGGGGUUGUUAGUAGCACCGUUAACGGAUUCAGCAAUUAAUAUGGCGAGACAGGCAUAUUUCGUCGUUGAUUAAUAUGCCGACCGCGUAGAAAACCAGCGAGGUGGGAAUUUAAAAUUCAUAUCGGUCGCAUAAUCGAUAGUUUGUCACGCGCGUUCUCUUUUUGAUUUCAACUCUACUUAUGUGAGCCGCAUACUAAAUAAACAACAUCGUGCAGUUGUCGUGCAGGCUCGGAACUAAGGGAUCGUCCUGGUAUUCUCAGCCACGAAUUAAGUCGCGACGGCAGUUAUAAAGGAAAGUGGCUCGCUGGCUGGUUUAAGGUCCGCGCGCGCGCGCGCUUAUGGCGCUCACUUAAUCAGGAUGAGAUCUGAGAAGUCGCUGACAAUGCUGCUGGUACGAUGGAACUCGGCGAACUGGUCUGCGAAAUGAAUACUCCUGAGAGAGACAAUGGAAGCAUCCGCGCGAGCAUGACGGCCUCAUUCGGUGUCGCGGACGGCACGCUCAGACCGCCAGAAACGAGAUCUUCGAAUCGUAACUGAAGGACGGAAAAGUGUCGUCAACGUCGCCGUAGUCGUCAUCGCUCUGUUGCGGUGGAGCCAGCUGCCUAUUCUCGCCUCGAGGCGAGAAGAGGAUUGGACAGGAUCAGCAGACAUCGGGUAGACACCGAUAAAAGGACGGUGUUAUGUUAGUGACAAGGCCUCACCCUCUAGGAGGGCGCAUACUACUCGCCCUAUUCCUUUUGACGGGGUGUUUUGCCUUGCUGUCACGGGCAGCCGCCUUCCCGGACUGGACCGAUUGUCCCGCGGUUUGCCGAUGCAAGUGGACCUCCGGCAAGAAGUCCGCUCUGUGCCCGGACGCCGGCUUGACGUCGCUGCCGGCGUCCCUCGACCCGGACAUGCAGGUGCUCGAUCUGUCCGGCAACAAGAUACCCGCUCUGCAGGCGGAAAUAUUCAAACUGGCCGGCCUGGUGAAUCUACAGCGAGUCUUUCUGCGUAACGCCGGCAUCCACAACAUACACGCGGAUUCUUUCAAGGACAUGAGGAUACUCAUCGAGAUCGAUCUGUCGGACAAUCACGUGACGGUCUUGGAGCCGGAUACAUUCCUCGGAAACGAGCGCCUGCGCAUUCUGAUACUCAGCGGAAAUCCGCUUGGUACUCUACGUAAUCUACAGUUUCCGGUGCUGCAGCAUCUGCGGAAUUUGGAGCUACAGCGGUGCUCUUUGACCGAAGUACACGGACAGGCUUUUGCCCGGCUAGCCGGCUUAGAAUUCUUAAAGCUGGAUUCUAACCAACUGGAGUAUCUGGAAGCCUCGGUGAUAUCCGGUUUGUCCCGAUUGAAAACCUUAACGCUGGACAGCAACCGAUGGAAAUGCGAUUGCAGACUACGAGACUUCCGCACUUGGCUUAUCCCCGACGUGCCCAGGAAGUUGUAUUCUGUACCGCAGAUCUGUUCGGGUCCGCCAAGAUUGGAAGGCCGCAGAUGGGAGGACGUGAAGUCUACCGAAUUCGCAUGCGAGCCAAAGGUGUUCGUUCUAGCGAGCAGUAUACAGGAGGAAACCAACGGUAAUCUUAGCCUGGCAUGUCGGACGAGCGGCGAUCCCGAGCCAGAGGUUUGGUGGCAACUAAACGGCGGUCCGGUGAAUGCUACCAGAUCGACCGAUCAACCCUACAUGGGGACGCUCGUCGUUUACACGACGUCCGACGCCGGCAUAUCAUCCAACGACAAAUCUGCAUCAAGGACGGUCGCGGAUCGAUGGAGCAAUUUAACCGUUUACAACGCCAGCGACAGCGACGCCGGCGAGUACGCCUGCUUUGCGAGGAACAUCGCCGGUCUCGCGCGGGACACGGUCACCGUAACGAUACCUCGCGUCUAUACGGCCCCGACUCUCUCCCAGAGUGACAACUGGCUGCUCUGGGUAAGCCUGGCCGGGGGCGGCGCGGCCGCCGCGUGUGCCUCCAUCUCGGCCGUAUUGCUGAUUCUCUGUUUGUGCGGCGGAAGUCGACGGCAGAGCAAACGCGAGAAGAUGAAACUGCAGGGCAGCGGUAGCUUCGGCGACCAGGAGAAGAAGCUCCUGGAUCUGUCCGUGACCACGACCACGACACCCGGCAACAGCAACGACCGCGCCAGCGGCCACGGCAGUCUCGGCGAGGCGUGUAGCACCGGUGACCUCGAGCUGGCGGAACGCGGUUCCAUCUGCGAUCCCAUGGCCGCGGCCACGGUCACCGUCGAGCGGCUGCGACCCGCGGACAGCUCGGUGAACGCCGCCAUUCGUACGGUUCCGUGCGCCGCUACAGCGGCCGCCGCCGCCGCCGCAGCCGGUGUGUUUCCACCCCCGCCGCCGGAAUUCACCACCGGUGUACUGCCCGCCGGGAUCUUCGGCAAUAUCUUCAUCUCCGUGUCACUGCCGCAGGACGCGUCGUCGGAGCGCUGCUACCCGGACCUCCUUGACAUACCCGUCCACGCGGUUAGCGGCACCACGGCCGUAGUAUCGUCGACCGGCAGCAAGACUACGGCUUUGUCGUCGGCGGCAAUCAAUGUUUCUAGCUUUGCCACCCUGCCGCGCCGGGCCUUACGCUCCACCGGCGAGGUCGCCGCCGGCUCGCCUUACGACAAUAUGGGGCCGCGCAUCACGGCAAACGGCAGUUCCGCGUUCUCGCUGACGGACAUGGACCUGCGGCUGUCGCCGCCGCCGCCGCCGCGGAUCAUUCAACCGCCGCACGAGUUUGUUUCCCUCUAAAGCAACGGUCCCUCUCCCCCCCCCCCCCUCUCUUCCACGCCGACCCGUAUUGUCGCACAAUACUGAUUUCGUAAUCAAUAAUAUUCCGCUAAUAGCGUUAUCUCAAUAUACUGCGGAGCGUCCAUUAUUAGCGGCCGGGUAUUAUUGGAUAACAACAAUUAGCGCGCGGUAUAUUAACCGUGUCAGGAAUCGCUCGACGGAUCGUCUCCUCGAGAACUCACGCGCUCGCGUCGAACGCGUGAUCCGUAUACGCUCCUCGGAAUUUCAAAAUCAUGUCAAAUAAUCCUAUCCCUAGUAAACAUCAACUAACAAUAACACAUAACAUCAAUAUUAUUAAUUCCUACUCAAUAAUGCAAUUGUUUCGUACAGUCAUGUGUUGUAUUACAUUUAUGUUGUUGAGAGAAAAUGUAAUAUUGAUGUUAUGUUAUCAUUAGUUGAUAUUUACCAUCACGUAUCGAUAUCGCAAAUUUAACAGUGAUAUCUUAAAUUAGUAUCACACUGAUUGUUUCGAAGAAUUUUUAGCCCGGUAUUACGCGUUCGCUGCGUCAUCGUGAUCAUUAAAGGUUUUGCAGCCUCGAAAUAUUGAUCGCAACUCUGGACUGCCAUUUAUGAAAUCAAAAUUUCUAAAUAUCAUUUGUUUAUAAAGAUAAGUUACAUAAUCUAUUAGCAAUUAAAAGUUUUAUAUCAUUAAAUGUUGAAUAUUAUGUCGCUUUUUGUGUAUCUAAUCUCUAUUUGUUAUUUAAAAAAAGACGAUAUAAAACUCAAUCAAUGAUCUGAGGAAUAAUCAAAUGCGGAUAACACGAAUGUUUAAAAGACAUCAUAAAAGUGUCUUUAAUAUUUUUUCAUCAUCUUCUGGACCUCUAUACUACGUUUAAGAAAAUCUAAUGGGUAUAGUAUAUCUAAGUGAUUUUUCUCGAGUAUUUCAUUAUACACUGACAAAGAAUAUGUAAACAAUUUUCAGAAAAUGAUCAAUAUGUGUUGAUGUACAAUGGAUGUUUUCCAUUCAUAUAAUUUAUAGAAAUAUUUGUUUUAGUUUGACGUGAUUAAUAAUAACUACAAUAAAUAUUGUAAAAAGAAUUAUCAGACAUGAAAAUUAGUGCAUACAAUACACAAUAGUGCAAUAUUCCGAACAUUGAGAAUAAUUAAUUUUAAUAAUAAAAGUAUAUAUAUACUUUAAUAAUAUAGGUAUAAAAAGUAAGUUUAUAUAUUCGGAUUGUAUUUUAAAUACAUUUAUAAUUAUACUUAUAAUUAUAAAUAUAACUUAAAAAAUAUAAUAUUUAUUUUCUAUUUUGUAACUUAAUCAAUUUUAUUUUUAACAGAUAAAAGAAUAUUGUUUGCUUUAUUAAUAGUUAAUAGUAAAUUGUUAAGAGCGAUGAUGAUAACGAUAGAAAGAUUUUGUAUUUCUAUAAUUAUCUUCUCCUUUUUCUCUUUUCUUCAUUGCACUACCAAUCAAUUGGAAUCGAUUUAUGGCAUCCACAUGGAUUAAGCAAAAAUGACAACUGAUAAACUUGUUAAUUACUUUCUGUUACUGAAUGGAAAGCAGCCAUUUUUUGGUGAUCAUUUCGCAAGUCGCAUGAGUAGGUAGUUAUCGGCGGGUAGCCGGACAUCCCUUGAGAAACGACGAGAAUGUAGUCGUGAUUAGACAUUUCCCGCGGGUGCAAUUUAAGUCGAUGUGGUUCUUCCCUUCGGCAUGCAGCGCGUCCGGCUGAAUGCGGAGAAAACGCCGAGAGAGAGAAAAUCGAUAUUUCGCCGUGUCGCGGCCGGCGUGUCACCGAGAUUAGUAUACGGAGCAUUCGGUCGAGGGGCUGAUAUCGGCCACGAUUGUCCGACCUAUCGAAUAUCUGUCUGUCUAUGCUUGUCUGCCUGCCUUGCCCGCUUGUCCGGCCAGCUGCCCGCGGCUGCUUGCGCCUAUAAUGAAUGAAUGAUGGACGAGUGCGUGAAGAACCUCUUAGAUCUAAGUCUCUUCUAGUCCGCUAAUAAAUAAUCCGAAAUGAGGCGACUAUUUGUAUAUACUUCACGACUACUUCUUCAACACAAAAUGGACCUUCGAUUAGCGCGAGAGAACUGGCCGCGUCUCAUUAUCUUUCCCUUCCAUUCAUUCUCCAAAGUGUAUCACUAGUUUGUUACAUAUUCUCUACGUGUGUACAUAUUUGUUAUUACAUCACACACCUACACGCAUACACACAUUCGUGUACACGCGCGACCUGAAAUGUGAAUUGUGCGCGCAUGCCGCGCGCCGGCGCGUUAUACACGGAAAAUAUUCAUUAUGAACACUUUGUCAAUUAAUAAAAUCAUUGAAUUUUACAUACAUCGAGCCACUGUUGUGUAUUGUCUUAUUACGUUCGUUGUGCACUUCGUGAGAAAAUGAUGGUGCGCUACCGUAUUAUGUUCAACCAAAUUCGAUUAUAACAUUCAUCGGUGUGUAAAUCGCAUUUUUUUCGGAGGAAAAAUCAACGGAAAUAUUGAAACAAUAUGAUAUUGUUUUUUCUGUACCCAAUUUAUACGCUAACAAUAAAACGAAACUAUGAGGAUU